GGAGCUGUGGGUCUUCACCUCCAGGGACUCUGCAGAGCAUUUCAAGCAGUACUGUUUUGCAGCACCUCUUAGAAAGAUGGGGAGCGGGGCGCUGGAAAUAGUUGCUAUGUGCUUGGGCUUCAUCGGACUGAUUGGUGUGGCCGCUAUUACAGGCCUCCCGAUGUGGAGAGUGACGGCUUUCAUCGGGGAGAACAUCAUCGUGAUGGAGACCCGUUGGGAAGGGCUGUGGAUGAACUGCUUCCGACAGGCCAACAUCAGGAUGCAGUGCAAAGUGUACGACUCCCUGCUGAUCCUGCCUCCAGACCUCCAGGCUGCCCGCGGACUGAUGUGCUGCUCUCUUGCCCUGGCCUUCUUCGCACUGAUCAUCUCUGCUGUUGGCAUACAGGGAACGAGAUGCCUCAAGGAUGACAUGCACACAAAAAAUAUCAUCCUGAUUGUAGGCGGAUGCCUGUUUCUUCUGGCUUGUAUCACCACACUCAUCCCUGUGUCCUGGACUGGCAACGUAAUCAUCAGGGAUUUCUACAAUCCCCAGAUUCUGGACGCUCAGAGACGAGAGCUGGGAGAAGCCCUCUACAUCGGGUGGGUGACGUCUGCCAUUCUGUUUGCUGCUGGGGUAAUACUGCUGUGCCGCCACGCACCUCGAGCACAAGAAGAUGAAAAGUAUAUGUACAAUGGAAGCUCCCUUCCUCCCAACUACAAACAACCUUACACCUACCAGCCAGCUUACACCUACCAACCAACUUAUACCUAUCAGCCAGCUUAUACUUACCAGCCAGCUUACUCUUUGCCACCACAGGGUUCAGUUAUAUACAGCAAAAGAGGGCAGUACAUCUGAGAAAAUAUGAAAUGCUUCAAUUACCAAAAGCCAAACUGACCAGCAGAAGGGAUUGAGUUCCAGAGUUUUGAAACAUUAUUGGAAGUAAAUCUUCCUGUGCUGGUUUUUGAGAAGUAAGAGAAAGGAUAUAUUCUAUUUUUACACUGACUUUUGCAGCUGUUGUCAUUUUUUCUUCGUAGUUCAUUUGAUAUCUCUUUCGCUUGCUUUUUAAUGAAUGCAUUCCUUGAAUUGGUCAAAGUACUGUAAGUGUUUUAUUGAUUUAUACAUGUCAGACAGCACUCAUGUAAUAACAUGAAUUCUGAGUAAAAAGAUCUCACCUCACAAGUUAUUAUCUAACUUAAAUUCACAUUAUGUUUUAACUUUGUUCACCUUGGUUGUAAAUAGUCUAUAUUAAAGAAUGUGUAAACAGUGCAUAUAUAAUAUGUAUAUGGUAUUUCAAAUGAUUAAUCUGUUUCCACUUCUUGUUUAACCUUGUACUGGAAUUAUUAUCCUGGACAAAUCUGUGAUUUAUUUUGUAAUAAAUGUCAUUCUUGAUAUUCGUAUCUGUGUUUACUAAAACAAAUUGAAGUAAAUAUGUUUCUUUUGUCAUAAUCAUUUAGAGUAUCCUCUUUUCAUACUUUUAGAGAUCAAAUACAAUUUAUUCUAUGUAACUACACAUUUUCAUAAUAUUAUGUGUUAAUUGUAAAUUCUGCUGUAAAAUAAAGACAGCACUCAGACAAAAGUUUAUUAUAUAUAUUUUGUUGAACAAGGGUAGACAAAGAGAAUUCCAGGUGAGCAUUAGUAUAAUAACCUUUUCUCAUUCAAAUGAGGAAUUAGAAUUUUAUGCAGCAAUUUAUUUAAAAAAUAACCAUUAUGAAAAAACUGUUCAAUUGUCCAAUUCCAACAGACCUGUUUGUUGUACAUGAAUGUGUACAGGUUAUUUAAAAUAAUAAUUCAAAACCAAAACAUGGUUUCGUAAUCAUGAUUUUAAAGGUAUGCAAUGGCCUCUGGGUUCAAUGUUAUUAUGUUGUAUAAGGAAAUCUGUACCAUAAAAACAAAUUAAAUAUUUCUCUGUGAA